GCAGCGUUUCGAGCCACAACGCAGGGUCUAACAAAAUGCGCCAGGGCACGGAAACCAAAAGCCACCAUAGCGACUGAGCAACCUCCGAAUCCACCACCACUCCUCCGCCCUUUUCCGCCGGAAUCCGAUUCCUACUGCUCUCCGGUUCUCCAAUCUCUCUCUUCUCUCUCGCAAAUGGCGGAUCCUUAUUGGAGGUACGGCGAAGUCAGGCAGCCGCCGCCGAUUCCUUCUCUCUCCGCAAAACGACCUCGUUCUGAUUACGAUGUUCCUGGUGGCCAUGAUUUGCCCAGUUAUUUUUCUCGUGAGGAUGAAAGAGCAGCUCACCGUUCAAUUAGGGAUUCUGAUUCCAUUGGAGCAUCCUAUGAUCGUUACCUGCGCAAUGCAAUGCCAUCCUAUGGUGGAGAUUCUGGUCGGCCAUUGAGCGGGGGAAUAACUAGUCACCCUGUAGAUGAUCCACGUGUUGUGGGUGUUAGAGGUGUGGACCAAGGUGCAACUGUAAAAAGCCAGAGCUUAGGAUUCAGUGGAGGAAGACCUGAGCUUCCCCUUCCUCCUGAUGCUUCCAGUACAUUGUUUGUGGAGGGCUUGCCUGCAAACUGUACCCGCAGAGAAGUAUCUCAUAUCUUUCGCCCUUUUGUAGGCUACAAAGAAGUGAGACUUGUGAGCAAGGAAUCAAGACAUUCUGGAGGUGAUCCAUUGGUACUCUGUUUUGUUGACUUUGUGAGUCCAGCACAUGCAGCCACUGCAAUGGAUGCUUUACAAGGUUAUAAAUUUGAUGAGCAUGACCGCGACUCGGUCAAUUUAAGGCUUCAAUUUGCUCGCUAUCCUGGUGCGAGGUCAGGUGGCGGGCAUCGUGGCAAGCGUUAAUAUGCGAUUUGCAGGUGAUUCAAUGCUCUCUCCCAUACGUCGACCCUUUAAUAUUCAUGGAGGUUAGGUGCUUUUUUAGAACGUUCAUUAUGGAAUGAUGAAUCACACUAAAUCGUGGAACAACGCUUCUCUGUAGGACCCACUCGAAUCGGGGAGGUUUACAUUAGAAGUGAUGAUACAACAGCCUGUGCCGUCUCGAGAAUUACACAAAUCUCUGAAUGGGUGAUUGUUAAAACCAAGUUGAAUCGAGUGGGUUUUUCGUAAUCGAGGGACGAUGCUAGUUUUGAAGUGCCGUUUGCUUUUCUGAGAGAUGAUUGUGAAGUCUAAUUGGUUUUAAUUUUUAAAGAUUUCUUUCAAUAUCAUUCGACUUAAACUUGAUACUGCUAAUCUUUAUCCGGCGAUGAACCUAUGGAAGAUUACUCUUGCUUUUUGUUAGUUUAUUGGGGAUAGAAAUUCCAGAGCAGCACAUAUUUAUAUCAAAUGUGGUGGUUUAAUC